CGCGGCUCCUGAACCAGACUCACGGAGGAUUUUCCUGUGGGACUAAUCACAGAGGAUCUGUUAUUUGAUGUCCAUCUUCUGGAGAGUUUUCUAAAGAACUGAGGCACAUGAUUGCUGUUUGGAUCAGCUCAUCUUAAACUGGAGAUUUCCAAGUGUGGGUGUAAUAUGGGGAAACCUUUUAAUGGACUUGAUCCUGGAAUCAGACUUUUGGGCCUCUAUAGUGUUUAGACUGGGGAGCAGCAUGCAAACAAAGCGGUGAACCCCUGUGGCCUGUCAAGCCCCCCCCUCUACCCCCCUUCAGCCUAAAAGCACCACCGACACAGGAUUCUGCUGGAAUCUGUUCUCUAUGCCUGAGAGCUAGCGCCAUGGAUUUCCUGUUCUCCAACCGAAGUCACCGCAACAUGGCUUCCUCCACCUCCACCCCUCCUCUUGGCCUUCACAACAGCUGCAACAGGCACCGCUUCCAGUGUGCCAGGAAAAAGCUGCGUCCGGGACGGAUCCUCGGCUUCAUCAUCAGCCUGGUGGCGGUCUGCGUAGUCUGUACAUGGAGUGCCUUGUCUCUUGUGUCCACCAUGGUGGACAGGGAGUCUGCGGUGGAGGGCUCGGCAGAAGCAGCAGUGCCACAGAGAACUCUUUUGCAUCACCACAACGUCUCAGGUGCUGAGGAAAACCCAAAGGCGGCCAAGCAAAUUCACGAGAUCGAGAUGAACCACGGAGACUAUCCGACAGACUACUUCAGUGUGGAGGAGAGGCGUCAGGGCUACGUGCUCCUGCAUAUGUUCGGCAUGUUGUACAUGUUCAUAGCCUUAGCCAUCGUCUGUGAUGAGUUCUUUGUCCCUGCACUCACCGUCAUCACAGAGAAGCUGGAGAUCUCUGAUGACGUGGCAGGAGCCACCUUCAUGGCAGCAGGUGGCUCUGCCCCGGAGCUCUUCACCUCUGUCAUCGGAGUCUUCAUCUCCCACAGCAACGUGGGCAUCGGUACCAUUGUAGGCUCAGCUGUCUUCAACAUCCUGUUUGUGAUCGGGAUGUGCGCACUGUUCUCCAAAGAGGUGCUGAACCUCACCUGGUGGCCUCUGUUUAGAGACGUCUCCUUCUACAUCGUGGGCUUGCUCAUGCUCAUCUACUUCUUCCUGGAUAAUCAAAUCACGACUGCAGAAAGUCUUGGUCUGCUGAUGUGCUACACGUGCUACGUCACCUUCAUGAAGUUCAACGCUAAGGUGGAGUUACUCAUCAAAAGCAGGCUGGGAGGCAACCGAGUGGACGACCUGGAGAAGGCCCCAAAGAUGAACUCACCUGGAGACGAAAACAAACUAAUGGCCAAACCGAGGCUGCAGAGAGAAGGCAGCUGUGCCUCUCUACACAACUCCCUGAUGAGGAACAGCAUCUUUCAGCUCAUGAUUCACACACUGGACCCGCUGAGCGGUGAAGGGCAGUUUAAAGAGAAGGCAUCCAUCCUGCACAAAAUGGCGAAGAAGAAGUGUAAGGAAGAUGCUAUCACCGCCAACGGUGUUGCGGACAAAAAGAUCCCCAACAGUUCCAAUGUCGCUGUCGAAGUCACCCCUCCCAUGAAUGGCAUCAUCGAAGGGGACGAGAUGGGUAUGGAGGACGAGGAGGAGGAGGGCGAGGACCAGCCUCUUAGUCUGGCGUGGCCUGACACUACCAGGAAACAGAUCACCUACCUUGUCAUCCUCCCCAUCAUUCUUCCUCUAUGGAUCACUCUGCCGGACGUCAGGAGAGAGACCUCAGAACGGUUCUUCCCGAUCACUUUCCUUGGCUCCAUCAGCUGGAUCGCUUUCUUCUCCUACCUGAUGGUGUGGUGGGCUCACCAGGUUGGAGAAACCUUCUGGAUCACAGAGGAGAUCAUGGGCCUGACUAUCCUGGCAGCUGGAACCUCCAUCCCCGACUUGAUCACCAGUGUGAUUGUAGCACGAAAAGGCCUCGGUGACAUGGCAGUGUCCAGCUCUGUGGGCUCCAACAUCUUUGAUAUCACUGUGGGCUUGCCGUUCCCCUGGCUCCUCUACAACAUCAUCAAUGACUUCAAGUCGGUGGAGGUGAGCAGCAACGGCCUUUUCUGCGCCAUCGUGCUCCUCUUCCUCAUGCUGCUCUUCGUCAUCAUAUCCAUCGGAGCCUGCAAGUGGAGAAUGAGCAAGUUUCUGGGCUUUUCGAUGUUCCUGCUCUACUUUGUUUUCCUCAUCGUCAGCGUCAUGCUGGAGGACAAAAUAAUCAUCUGCCCUGUCUCCAUAUGAGGCAGAUUGUUUUUGAAGGUGGGGAAAUACUCCUCCAGCAUUUUUCACUGCCCUUCCAAAGACAGUCAGUCUUUGACUUGUCACUUUCUCAAGUAGCAGAUAAACUGAAAUCUACCAACCACAUAUAAUGGAAGCACACAUUCAGGUUGGAUGCAGAACUGCUGAUUUCAGUGGACCAUUGUGUUUCAAUUCUGGCCUUUUGCCACCACUUUUUUUCUUCUUUCUUCUUAAACCAUGUGACUCCACAGAGAAGGCCCGUUGAACAGACCCGUUGAGGACAAAGCAGAAGAGAUUGUGUGGUGUCACAGAAGCAUCUCAUCCAUGUAAGCAGUCCAUUUGUGUGGCAGGGACUUUUGUGUUUUUCUCAUGUGUCAUGGGACCUGACGCUUGUUGAUGAUAAACAUUUCGGUGUUAGAGAUUAGAUUUAUGGACUUGAACUGUGUCCAUAUCACUACUUGUAUGUGUGUCAUUCCAAGAUUUGGGUUGUAAAUGUGAACCCAUCACUGACCUUAUAUGGAGGCGGUCCCCUGAAAAGCUGCUCAGUUGGUUUCAGGUAGAAGACUGGUGUGCAUGAGACCCCGAUCAUCAUGAGCUACCUGAGUGAGGAACAGGCUUUUGGCUAGGGGGGCGUCUGGGCGUCUGCAAAACGUGAAAAAAUGGAUGCCCAAUUCACGGCCGUAUUUUAGCAGCCAGAUGUCGCCAUAAUCUGGCAGCCAAGCUACGGUCAAGAAUCGGGCGUCCAUUUCUUCAUGUUUUGCAGACGCCCAGGUGCCCCCUAGCUAAAUGCCUGGCGAGGAGCACCCCCCGAAUUGGGACAUGGACACUUCUAGGAUGGUAUUAUGAUGUUGUGUGCUUAUUAUAAAUAGUAGUUUGCACACAAUCAAUGCUAAUUUCCAUUUGAAUGCCCAAACUAUGUGGCUGACUUUGCAGAUCCAAGGUCAGGUCUUGAUGUAUGAAUGGAGGAUUCCACAAACAAAAUUGGUUCUCGGGAAAGAACGAAGCUAGACAAGCAUUUUGUGAACCAGAUCAUCUGUACUGUAUACCUGCAUAGUGUCUGCUCCCAUGUUUGACCAGGACUGCCCCAGUUCAGCAUUCAGUAUCGGAAGCAAAUGUGUUGUAAGGAUGUUCAAUUCUCAAAGGAACAAAGAGAUUAAAACCCCAACAUGUUUUGCUCCUGUUCAACUUGCAGUUUCAGCUGGUGAGAAAGUAGAGCCCCGCUGUAGUCUCCCAGCUCCUGAUAGCAUUAGUGCAGGCUUAUGUUUGCAUUUGGGAUCUUUAGAUCACGGUGAUAAAGAAGACAUGAAUGCUCAUAUGAAAGUGAAUUGAUGGUACAGUACUAUUACCCCCCCUUUCCCACUGAUGUACACAUCUUGCUCUCCCAUUCACUGAGGAGUCCAUUUCAAUGAUAUACGAGAUUUUUAUUUUUGUUUUUUUCUUUGUACAUUGUUGUUGUUCCAUCAGUGCUCGUAAUGUUUUAUCAUGAUGGAGAAAUGAUCAAUAAAGACACUGUAGAUUCCUCUA